UUAAAAUCGACGCGAACACUCCACAAUAAUCACCGAUAAUUUUCGUCGUUGUUGUUUUGCAGUAAUUUGAUGGUUAUCUAAUAAUAUGCAGAGUAUUACCAGAUGAAACUUGAGUGCCGGUACAUAAAAGUUAUUUCUUUUGAUUGUCUUCGGGACCCCCGGAAAGAAUUUCAUACGAAAGUUCUUGGCUGUAGGCCUGUAGCCGUAGUUAUCUGGUGCCUUUCGUUUUCGCUCAUUGUGUGCAGAAGCAGCGCUGGUGGGAGUCGUCUUGAAAAAGUACUGUGCCGGAAUUCCAUCACUUAUAUCAGCUUAAAAUUUGAAGAUUCAGUGUUUCGGACGGAAACGAGUUGAGGCGAACAGCUACGGAGUCUGAAGUGGGAAAAUGGAGAAAAGAUUCGGAAACCCGAUUUUUGUAUUUCUUCAUUUUGCUGCUCAGAUUUUUCCUUUGACGCUUUCACAGUCGAUAUCGUCGGGCGGGACUUUGACGUUUCAACACUGUUUUGAAGACCAGCUCCAGUUUCGCUGUAAAAAGAUUACGGAGCUCGCUACCAAUUCCCUGCGAAUUAAUCAGACGCAGUCGUUCACAUAUCAGUUGAGCAGUAGCGAAGCCGAAUUGCUUAAGGCUUCCGUGGAUAAAGACGACUAUUAUUUCCUGCGAGCCAGGCUGGAUUCUGACCAUACUGACAAAUAUAUGCAGUGUUUCUGCAAAGCGAACGAUGUAAGCAAGUCUGGAUUACUUAUCGGAAUCACAAUUAAUGUGGACGCAUUCGGAAGAGUUUAUGCCGUGGAAGUAUCGCCACUUGAUCGAAAUGAUCCGAAAUUACUUCUCUUACCGGAGGAGCCGUCCGACGCCCCUGACACGUUAACUGGACUAGUGACGGUGCAUGGUAGUCAUCAGGGUCCGAGCCCAGAUUUAGAGGGAUAUAAACGCAAGCUGGCGAAAGAAAAAGCGGAGAAGUUAGCUGCUGAAACAGGAGACAAUCGUUCAUUUUUGGCGAAAUAUUGGAUGUACAUUGUUCCGGUGGUACUAUUUAUGCUAUUCUCCGGACAGUUGGGAGGACAACCCGGUGGCGCAGGCGGUGGUGGAGGUGCGCAGUGAAAGUUAUCCCUUUUUCUUGCUAUAGAUUACAGUGUCAAUGGCCGACGGCAGGGGAUCUUUCCGACGCUGCGUUACACCCAAAACGUCGAGUGGGUGACUCGGUUGAAAAUACCGUAAUUUUGUAUUUUUGUUAAAAUAAGGGUGACAUUUGUUCGAUUUUCCAUCUGUGGUUGUCCAAAGUUUCUUUGCGUUUGUUUUGUUUUUUAAUUUAUUCUAAGACCUACCAGUAAGGUGUUGUGUGCGCAUCGAGAUCGUGUUUACAGCACCUGUUUUAAACAACUUAUCGUUCACGAUAAUGAGUGAAGUCUUGAAAAAAAUGAAUAUUUAUUGCUGAUCUUUUCUGAAUUAAAAAAAAACUGGAUUGCAGU